GGGAGGGAAGAGGAGGAUGAGGGAGGAGUGGAGAGAGAAGACAGAUGCUGAUCUUUGACUGUUGAGGACAGUGUGCGAGUGUGUGAGCGUGAAGGAGUGUGCUUGUGAGACUGCGAUGGAUCACUGUUCCUGCACACUGUAAGUCUCAGUGCAUGGCAGGGUGUUUGGAGUGUGGGAGUCUGGUUUCAUUGUGUUGGGUGGUGUUUUACCAGACCCAGCACAGUGGCUGAGGGAUUACGACAGCUGGGGAGAGAGUGUGAGGCUCUUCUAUGUGUGUUGUGGUAGCGAGCAGGGGCAGGUGUGUGUGUUUGUGUGAAAGCAGUAGGGUAGCUGGAGACAGAGAUAGGUAGAGAGGCCAGGUACACCUAGAGGGCAGGAUCGCAGAGAGAGAGAACCAACGUGAGAACAGAACAAGUGAAAACAGGGACACCAAUUCUGCCACCAGAUACAGUGCUUGUACGUGUACGCGCGUCUGCACGGCGACACACAGAGAAGCACCGGUCCAGUCAUCUCAGGUCAACGCGGCGGAGGUGGAGCUAGGGACCAGGGAUAUCCAUCAGGCAGCCAUGGGGGCCCAUUGAGCUGUAGUAGGGGACGCCCUCGGCCCCCAGUCCCACCCAGCAGCAGCACUCUCUCUUCCCCUCCGGUGGGUAGACGCCCGUGGGCCUAGGGCACCUUGAAGCCCCGAGGGUAGGGCCUACAGCGGGUUUCCUGUACCCAGAGGAGUAUCCACGGCCAUCAUGGGGGAGUGGACCAUCCUGGAGCGCCUCCUGGAGGCUGCCGUCCAGCAGCAUUCCACCAUGAUCGGAAGGAUUCUUCUGACUGUGGUGGUGAUCUUUCGGAUACUGAUCGUGGCCAUCGUUGGCGAGACGGUGUACGAGGACGAGCAAACCAUGUUCAUCUGUAACACCCUGCAGCCGGGCUGCAACCAGGCCUGCUACGACAAGGCCUUCCCCAUCUCCCACAUCCGCUACUGGGUCUUCCAGAUCAUUCUGGUGUGUACACCCAGCCUGUGCUUUAUCACCUACUCCGUGCACCAGUCGGCCAAGCAGCGUGACAGACGCUACUCCUUCCUCUACCCACUGCUGGAGCGUUCCGAUUAUGGGCAAAGCAGCACCAGGAAGCUUCGUAACAUCAACGGCAUCUUGGUGCACCACGGCGACGGUGGCGGGAAGGAUGAGCAUGACUGCAUGGAGGUCAAGGAGAUCCCCAACGUGCCGCGGGGGCUCACACAUGGCAAGAAGUCCAAGCAGCGCCAGCAGGAGGGCAUCUCGCGCUUUUACAUUAUCCAGGUGGUGUUCCGUAACGCGCUGGAGAUAGGCUUUCUGGUGGGACAGUACUUCCUAUACGGCUUCAGCGUGCCGGGCAUCGUCGAGUGCGACCGCUACCCCUGCGUGAAGGAGGUGGAGUGCUACGUGUCACGGCCCACCGAGAAGACGGUCUUCCUGGUCUUCAUGUUCGCCGUGAGUGGCAUCUGCGUGCUGCUCAACCUGGCAGAGCUCAACCACCUGGGCUGGAGGAAGAUCAAGGCAGCCAUCCGGGGCGUGCAGGCACGCCGGAAGUCCAUCUGCGAGAUCCGCAAGAAGGACAUGUCCCACCUGUCGCAGCCCCCCAACAUGGGCAGGACCCAGUCCAGCGAGUCCGCCUAUGUCUGAUGGAGACAGGGCUAUACGCUGGGUAAAUGCGGGGGCAGGGUAGGGAACGAGUGGGACGACCACUCCAUUCCACUCUCUCUUUUUAGAGUUUUAAUGGAAAGAGGAGGAGGAGGGGGUGAUAAAAGCUGGUGUAUUUUAUUCAACUAUGACCAGCGAGGUGCUUUACCAUAUUGCCUCCUUGUGUGUGUGUGUGUGUGUGUGUGUGUCUGUGUGUGUGUGUGUGUGUGUGUGUGUGUGUGUGUGUGUGUGUGUGUGUGUGUGUGUGUGUGUGUGUGUGUGUGCAUGCGUGCGUGCAUGCGUGCGUGCGUAUGUGCUCCUUGGUUUAUGUCCCAUCCAGAGAGAGAAUCCCCAUCAGCAUGGUUAAGCUUGAGUGGAAAUGCUUGGGCCGGCACAUUCUCCUACUGAUCUACCCCAGGAUCAUUUGGGAACCCUGUAAUGGGACACACAGCCUGGAGUGUGUAACGUGCAGGCUCUAUGAAACACUCUGUCGGGAGCAGAAGAGAGAAGAGGGAGAGGGGGGAGUUGCUGGUAGACAUUGACAUCAACAGUAUGUGUUAUUUUGGCACGAGCGUCUGGUAAACUGUACAACUGAGUAGACUGCUCAGGUUGGAGAUGUUUGGGUUUACAGUGACACCGACUGGGCCAGAGCCAAACCAACUCCAGCCGAGAGGGGAGGACAGGGAGGAACAGUCUCAGCAUGCAUUUCACACCACUCACAUUUUAGAUGACGCAAGCCAAGCCGAGAAAACAGACAUGGGAGAGGAAAUAUGGCUGCCAGUACCAGUGGAACAUGGAAAGCCACAAAGGCUCUAGUUGCACAUUUGUUUGAAAAUAACAGGAAAUGUCCUAAACAGAAUGACAGAAAGCCAUGACAUCGCUCAGACAGAGCCAAGGCCUCUAAAAACAAAGGCUAGUCAUUCAAUUACAAUGGAUUACAACCACCGAGAGACACGUUUAUGGAGAUCGAACCGUUCAGAACUGUCCCCAUGUAAGAUGGCUGACAAAUUGUUCCAUUCCAGAGCAUUGAGGCUCUAUGAAAUCAGCCUCUCUAGAGUUGUAUCUCUAUGUAUGAGUCCAGCUAUCCACGGUCCUCCUCUCUAUCCUCACUGAGCACACUACUGAUGUGGUGGUGUAGUCUUACUGAGGUGUGACUGGUGAAGUGGCCAAAGAAGGCUCUUCAUUCAUUCAGUCUUGUCUGUGAUUAACCCUGUGAUACUAGUAGGUAAUCUCUUGUAUAGAAUUAGUCCCCUUCUUCAGAGCUCGUUGAAUGUCCGUGGGAUUGGAUGUGGAGGAGCCGUGUUCUUAGAAGACUGCUGAGAGGGCGUGAUAAUAGAGGUUAAGUCCAAGCUUUCUUUAAAUUAGCCUGAGCCCUUCUCUUUAAGAAGGGCUUGGGAAGGUUGGUCUGAAGUGUAGUAUAGUAGUGUGCAUGUACAGGACUCUCCAGUCCCCACGUGUCUCUCUCCUGCUCUCUGGCUGCUCACCACUGCUCUCCUUGAGGGGUAUAUAACAGAGUUGGGAUGAGGACACUUCCCAAAGUGAACACUUCACAGGGUUAUAAUAAUAAUAUAUCAUAAUAAUAUGCCAUUUAGCAGACGUUUUUAUCCAAAGCGACUUACAGUCAUG